CGCCCGGGACUCCGAGGCUGCAGGCCGCGCCUAGGCUGAGCCGCCCCCGCGUGCCUCCCGCUUGCCUCCCGCGCCGCCCGCACGAGCGCUCCUUUCCAGCAUGUUGUGGCAGGGCAACCGGGCGCUCCGGCGCUUCUCCACCGGCCAGGUUUAUUUCAAAAACAAGCUGAAGGUGGCACUUAUUGGUCAGAGCCUCUUUGGACAAGAAGUCUACAGCCACCUCUGCAAAGAGGGCCACCGAGUUGUGGGAGUGUUCACAGUUCCAGAUAAGGAUGGAAAAGCUGACCCACUGGCUUUGGCUGCAGAGAAAAAUGGGACCCCUGUGUUCAAGUUCCCUAGAUGGAGAGUCAAGGGCAAGACCAUAAAGGAGGUGGCGGAGGCCUACAGAUCCGUGGAUGCUGAGCUAAACGUGCUUCCCUUCUGCACACAGUUCAUCCCCAUGGAUGUAAUUGACAGCCCUAAACAUGGUUCCAUCAUUUAUCACCCGUCUGUCCUUCCCAGACACAGAGGAGCCUCUGCUAUCAACUGGACUCUAAUCAUGGGAGAUAAGAAAGCUGGGUUUUCUGUUUUCUGGGCUGAUGAUGGUUUAGACACAGGACCCAUCCUUCUCCAGAGGUCAUGUGAUGUCGAACCCAAUGAUACAGUGGAUGCACUUUAUAAUCGAUUUCUUUUUCCUGAAGGAAUCAAGGCCAUGGUGGAAGCUGUCCAGCUCAUAGCCGAUGGAAAAGCUCCUCGUAUUCCCCAGUCAGAAGAAGCUGCAACAUAUGAGGGUAUCCAGAAAAAGGAAAAUGCUGAGAUCUCUUGGGAUCAGUCUGCUGAAGCUUUACAUAACUGGAUCCGAGGUCAUGAUAAAGUCCCUGGAGCUUGGACAGAGAUAAAUGGACAGGUGGUCACUUUCUAUGGCUCAUCAUUACUGAAUAGCUCCAUCCCUCCUGGAGAACCACUGGAAAUUAAAGGUGCCAAGAAGCCUGGUCUUGUUACCAAAAGCGGCCUUGUUCUUUUUGGUAACGAUGGAAAAGCACUGAUGGUGAGAAAUCUGCAGUUUGAAGAUGGAAAAAUGAUUCCUGCGUCUCAGUACUUUUCAGCGGGUGAGACAUCAGUGGUGGAACUUACAGCCGAAGAGGUGAAGGUGGCGGAGACCAUCAAGGUCAUCUGGGCUGGAAUUUUAAGCAACGUCCCUGUUAUUGAAGAUUCAACAGACUUCUUUAAAUCUGGAGCAAGCUCAAUGGAUGUUGUCAGGCUGGUUGAAGAGAUAAGACAGAAGUGUGGAGGACUUCAGUUACAGAAUGAGGAUGUUUAUAUGGCCACCAAGUUUGAAGACUUCAUCCAAAAAGUCGUGAGGAAACUGAGAGGAGAAGAUCAAGAAGCAGAGCUAGUGGUGGAUUAUGUUUCAAAGGAGGUCAAUGAAAUGACAGUAAAAAUGCCAUAUCAGUGUUUCAUAAAUGGACAGUUCACAGAUGCCGAUGAUGGAAAGACUUAUGACACCAUCAACCCAACAGAUGGAUCUACAAUAUGCAAAGUAUCCUAUGCCUCUUUGGUGGAUGUUGAUAAAGCAGUAGCAGCAGCCAAAGAUGCUUUUGAAAAUGGUGAAUGGGGAAGAAUGAAUGCACGAGAAAGAGGAAUAUUGAUGUACAGACUAGCAGACCUACUGGAAGAGAACCAAGAAGAGCUGGCAACCAUCGAAGCCCUCGAUUCAGGGGCUGUCUACACCUUGGCUCUGAAGACUCACAUUGGAAUGUCUGUGCAAACAUUCAGAUAUUUUGCUGGCUGGUGUGACAAAAUUCAAGGUUCUACAAUUCCCAUCAACCAGGCCCGUCCAAAUCGCAAUCUGACCUUCACCAGGAAGGAGCCACUUGGUGUCUGUGCCAUUAUCAUCCCCUGGAACUACCCGCUGAUGAUGCUGGCGUGGAAGAGCGCCGCGUGCUUGGCAGCAGGCAACACCUUAGUGCUCAAGCCGGCGCAGGUCACGCCCUUGACUGCUUUGAAGUUUGCAGAGCUCUCUGUUAAAGCAGGCUUUCCAAAGGGGGUAAUCAACAUCAUUCCAGGCUCAGGUAGCAUAGCAGGACAGCGCCUUUCUGAACAUCCUGAUAUCCGCAAACUUGGUUUCACUGGUUCCACUCUGAUUGGCAAACAGAUCAUGAAGAGCUGUGCUGUGAGCAACUUGAAGAAAGUUUCCCUUGAACUUGGUGGCAAAUCCCCCCUUAUAAUAUUCAGUGACUGUGAACUUGACAAGGCCAUACGAAUGGGCAUGGGAGCAGUAUUUUUCAACAAAGGAGAGAACUGUAUUGCAGCUGGUCGGUUGUUUGUGGAAGAAUCCAUCCAUGAUGAAUUUGUGACAAGAGUGGUGGAAGAAAUUAAAAAGAUGAAAAUUGGUGAUCCACUUGACAGAUCUACUGAUCACGGGCCCCAAAAUCAUAAGGCCCAUCUGGAAAAGCUCCUGCAGUACUGUGAAGCCGGAGUGAAAGAGGGGGCCACCUUGGUGUACGGAGGAAGACAAGUCCAAAGGCCAGGCUUUUUUAUGGAACCUACUGUCUUCACAGAUGUGGAAGACCACAUGUAUCUUGCCAAAGAGGAAUCCUUCGGGCCUAUUAUGGUCAUUUCUAAAUUCCAAAAUGGGGACAUCGAUGGAGUGUUGCAGCGAGCAAAUAAUACAGAGUACGGCUUGGCCUCAGGGGUUUUUACGAGAGACAUAAAUAAAGCUAUGUAUGUGAGUGAAAAGCUAGAGGCAGGAACUGUUUUUAUUAACACCUACAACAAGACGGAUGUGGCAGCCCCUUUUGGUGGAGUUAAGCAGUCUGGCUUUGGAAAAGACUUAGGUGAGGAAGCUCUAAACGAAUACCUCAAAACCAAGACCGUGACGCUGGAAUAUUAGCGCAGUGCCGUCAUCAGGAGCCCCUCACAGACAGCACCGCUCCUCAGCUCUCCACACUGAAGAAGCUGGGCUGUGCUGAGGAAGGAGGUGUCAGCCACCCGCUGAAAAAAACCACAAGGACCACGAAGAGGGUCGGGCCACGUGUCUAAGCAUUUAUACAUGUUCCUGAGUAUUUUCUAAUACCCCUUUUAUACCUUAAAAUGAUGUGUAGUUGUUGGGUUUUGACUAUGUCAUAUACCACACAUAUUUCUAAAAUAUCAAGCUGCUUUUUUUGUU